AUGCCGGUCUACGCUAUGUCCUAUUUUAAACUACCACUUGGACUUAUCUCUGAACUUGAAUCUUUAUUGAUGAAUUUUUGGUGGAAAAAAUCUGAGUCGUCUAGAGGAAUUUCAUGGAUUGCUUGGAAAAGACUCCAAUACGCUAAGAAAGAAGGUGGUCUUGGAUUCCGGGAUUUAGAGAAAUUCAAUGAUGCCCUGUUGGCAAAACAGGCUUGGCAAAUACUAAAAUUUCCUAACAGUUUUUUUGCUAAAGUGAUGAAGGCAAGAUAUUUUCCAGAUAGUUCAAUCCUUGAUGCAACACCUAAAAAGUCACAAUCUUAUGGUUGGUCUUCCAUCCUUUCUGGUUUAGAUCUUCUCAAGAAAGGGAUUUGA